AACUUGCGCAACUCUCUCACCGGGUAAAACAAUAGAACAUCCUGAUAGCUGUGCUGCGUUUCGAUAGUCGAGGCAUGUCGUACUCUGCAUUAAUUACUGGAGCCAGUGGUCUGCUCGGACGUCAAGUGCAGCGAGAAUUCCUCCUCGAUGGCUGGGAGUCAGUUGGCACUGGUUUGAACCGCGUAACUGCACCCAAUGUUGUCAAACUCGACAUUCGAGACCAUGGAGAGAUUGAAAAGGCACUAGACAACACCAAACCCCUUGUUGUGGUCCAUUGUGCUGCAAAUCGCUUUCCAGACUCAUGCACUGCGAACCCGGAAGCAGCAAGAGCGCUCAAUGUGGAGUCAAGUCGCGCCUUGGCUCAGGCAACCAUGGCUCGAGACAUCUUCCUCAUCUACAUAUCUACUGAUUAUGUCUUUCCGGGGCGUCCAGGCGAGGCUCCUUACAAGGCUGACGCCACCCCAAACCCGCCAAAUGUUUAUGGUCAGACCAAGCUAGAAGGCGAACAAGCUGUUCUUGAUGUUGCAGAACUCGUCAAUGCAAAGAACAAAGUUGUUGUCCUUCGAGUCCCUGUCCUCUACGGAGCCUGUGACGAGCCCAAGGAAAGUGCAGUCAACGUACUCAUGUCGCAGCUAUGGAAUGCUCAACAAAUAGGCGAAGGCGACCCCAAGAUCCAAGUCGAUGACUACGCACUCCGAUAUCCUACCAACACCCAAGAUGUCGGCAGAGUAUGUCGCGACAUAGCAAAGCUCUAUCUGGACCCUGCCAACGCAACCCGUGAACUCCCCAGUAUCCUUCACUUCAGCUCAGAAGACCAGAUGACCAAGUGGCAAAUCUGCCAGACUUUUGCCGACAUCAUGGGAUUGCCGCUCGACAACAUGGUGCCCUUCAAGCCUGAGGAAGAACCGAAAGACGGUACCAUCCGGCCCUACGACUGCCAUCUAGAUACUAGUGUUCUCCGGGAUCUAGGCAUCGACGUCUCGACCGUGAACUUUAGGACGUGGUGGAGACGCGAAGUCGGGGCAUUCCGCUAACACAGCAAACUUCGUCUCAGUUACAAAAACUAUACCUUUAUCAAUAUCUCGAUAAAAUAGCCAUCAAAUGCAUCCCAAAGUCCCGUAUACAUGAUUCCUGUGUAUUGCAAGGCUGUCUGCCUCAAAUGCCAAGACCACACACAACACCGGGGAUCGUCACACCCGUUGCCAGCAAAGCCACCCGCA